AUGCAUCAAUGCAAAGGUGCAUUUACACUCAAAUCUAUAAGGAUAAGUCAUACAUAUAACUUCUCAUAUUUAUCUAUUAUACACUGUUUAUAUCUAAUUGCUUAUCUAUUUAUGCGCGCCUAUGUGAGCGCGCUUUUUCUUUCUUUGCUUUUUGAUACAAUCCAUUACCAAGUGAUUUCCCCGAUACUUGAGGUAAAGUAUUAUCUAUCUAUCUAUCUAUCUAUCUAUCUAUCUAUCUAUCUCAUGUUCUUCUCAUCGCCGGCAUCACGUGCGUUAGAGCCAAGCUGCAUAUGCAGCAGGCAGCUUGACCCCGUUUACGGCCAAGCCCUGCGCUUGCCAAAUCAUGCGCGCGUGCGUGAAUGCGCGCUAGCAUCUUCCAUUUUGCUAGACAUGGCUGCUAAGAUGGAAUCCGAAAGACUCUGUUACAUUAGAUUGAAUCAGACAAAGUUGCGCUGCGACUCUUACAUUCACUUCCGUGAUACUUUACGAAAUGACGCUGAUCCACGCAAUAUAGGCAAGAUGUGCAUACUACCUGUAACGUUCACAGGCAGUCCACGGUACAUGCACGCGAGGACGCAAGACGCGAUGACAUACGUUCGUAAGUACGGCCGACCAGACCUAUUCAUAACUUUCUCGUGUAACCCAAAAUGGUACGCAAUUGCUAAAGAACUUAUGCCAGGGCAAUCGGCUUACGACCGUCCAGACCUCAUUGCGCGUGUUUACCAUCUGAAGUUGGGAAAGGUAAUGGAUGUGAGGACAAAGGGACAGGUUUUUUGGGCUGUUUGCUAUCACGCACAUAUACUAAUUUGGCUGUGCGACAAGAUUGAGGCUACAGAAAUCGAUCAUCUUAUUUCUGCUGAAAUUACUGAUCCGUCGGCUGACCCUGAAUUGUACGAAAUAGUGAUAACCAACAUGAUUCAUGGUCCCUGCGGGUCGCAUUACAAUUACACCAGCUGUCACAACAGCGACGGCAAAUGCACCCGGCAGUACCCGCGAGAUUUCGUGAGCGAAGCCAUUACAAGGAGCGAUGGUUAUCCACAGUACCGGCGAAGUAGUCCCGAUGAGGGAGGAUUUACAGCCGUGGUAAAGGGCCACCAAGUGGAUAACAGAUGGGUAGUGCCAUACUGUCCUCUUCUAACAAAAGCGUUCAAUGCGCACAUCACUGUCGAAUAUUGCCAUUCAGUUCGAUCCAUCAAGUAUGUAUGCAAGUACAUCAACAAAGGGACUGAUGCUGCAAUGUUUGGGCGCGUCAUUAGCAGCACAGAGGGCCCUUGGCACAUAUUCAGCUUCCCCAUCCACGAACGCUUCCCAGCAAUCGUCCAGCUUGCUGUGCACCUAAAAAACGACGAACUUCGUUAUUUUUCUGCGGAUGCAGCAAUGGAUGUGGCUGCGCGUACCAAAGACACAACGCUUACAGCGUUCUUCAAACUUUUUCGACAGGACGAGUUUGCUAGGACUCUACUGUACCCAGACCUGCCUUCAUACUACGUGUGGACAAAAAAGAACACAUGGGCUCGGCGGAAGCGCGGGGCCAACGUCGAGGGCGAUCCAGUCAAAAAAGACGCCACACUCGGAAGCGUAUUCACGGUUCCCCCAUCGCGACAGGAAUGUUUUUACUUGCGACUCCUUUUGCACGAAGUUAGUGGUCCAACGAGCUACAAUAACUUACGGACGGUUAAUGGAGUUUUAUGUGACACUUUUCGUCUCGGCCUGCCUCCGUCUCGGCCUGCCUCCGUCUCGGCCUGCCUCCGUCCCGGCCUGCCUUCGUCUCAGCCUUUUGGAAGACGACAGCCAGUGGGAUGCCACAAUGGCUGA